AUGGGCGCCGGUGCCGGUGAGCACUGCGAAUGUCGCCGACGGGGCACCUUCUGCGAGAAGUUCUGCAACUGCAGCUGCAGCAGCAGCAGCAGCCGAGGCUGCGGCAACCGCUUCGCCGGCUGCCGGUGCCGCCUGGGCGGCUGUCUCACCGGGCGCUGUCCCUGUCAGAUCGCCGGCAGGGAGUGCGAUCCUGAUCUGUGCAAGAUUUGUGGUGCAGCUGAACUGCCGGAGCGUGGAGAACUGGAGCAAAAGAAGCACGAGCAGAAGAAGCAGCUCGUCGGCUGCCGCAACGUGGCCCUCCAGCGCGGCCAGCACCGGCACCUGCUGCUCGGCCCCUCCACAGUGUCCGGCUGGGGCGUCUACCUGAGGGGAGCGGCGGCGAAGGGCGAGCUCAUUUCGGAGUACUGCGGCGAGACGAUCUCCCAGGGCGAAGCGGACCGACGGGGACGGGUGUACGACAAGGGCAAGACCAGUUACCUCUUCAAUGUCAAUGCCGAUCAAGUGGUGGACGCGAAGAGGAAGGGGAACAAAAUUCGCUUCGCCAACCACUCGGCGCUGAACGCCAACUGCGUGCAGCAGGUGAAGCUGGUCAAUGGGGACCACCGCGUCGGCAUCUACGCCCGCCGCCACAUCGAGGACGGCGAGGAGCUCUUCUUUGACUACCGCUACGACGCCAUCGAACGGAUGAACUUUGUCGCCAUUGAGCGCUGA